AUGAUGAAGAUAACCUUUGUAUCUGUAUCUGUUUACAUAUUUAUUUGCAAUUGCAACCUAGUAAACUCCGUAUCUUAUAGUGGUAGAGCGUUGCCGGCUUUUAAAUCUACGCCCAAUUCCAGAAUCGAAGAUCCAUCAGAGAUAGUGAGUAUAACAUCACCAACAACACGAGAAGAUUGUGCUGAACUAUGCUUAAACCAAAAAAGAUUUCUGUGUCAUUCGUUCGACUACGAGGCUGACACGUACACAUGUACGGUGUUAAACUCUCCACAAUAUCCGGCAAAANUUAUCACAGCUGACAGCGACAACAAUGAACAUUGGGAUUUGGCAAGAAUACCAGUCGUAACUAUCCAGUCUAGCAAUUGUCAAGAGCAAGAAGACGAAAUAAUAGAUCUCAAGUACCAGCGAGCCGCUCUCUAUAUAUCCUGCGUAGUAUUCGCCGCUGUUGGCGUCGUUAUCGUAGCAAUGUUGGGUAUGGCUAUACAUAUUAUAACUAAGAGGGAAGUUCAACUCAGACGUCACUUUAAAGUUAGCCUAACCGACCCCUUCUUAGAAGAACUCAACCCCGACAAGACAAAACCCGAUGAGAACUCCGUGAUGGAAGACAUACAACACGUCGACGAGGUCGACACACCAGCCGUUGAGGGCGCUAACGGCGGAAUUAGUAACACUUCUUUCAAGGAGUAGUAGUUUGUAAUAAACAAGAAUAUGAGAAAUAAAUAAAUCAAUAAUAGCGGCAUAGAAACAGA